CAGGUCCUCUGCUGCAGCCGUCGGCCACGGACACACAACAACCGGCGUAGAGGCUUCUGCGGCCAGCAGGGACCGGAAGAAACUAACCCAGCUCUGAUGGGGACGUCUAUUUCGGCAUUGUGAGACUGAAAUUAACAGGCAGAGGCAGAGAGAGUCGCUUACUGAAGGGUCAGAGACCGAGGAGACUGACUUGCAAGAACGAUGAGCUUUUUAUCUCCACGAGGCAGAGAGGACCCCGCGCCUGAAUCGGACACCUUCCUCCAAACGAAGCCGGGGUCGUUAUAGCCAUCAGCAUCGCCGGUACCGCUCAUCUGUGCCGUCUUAAUAAGCCGUGACCGAUCUGCCCCUGAGGGGGAACUUCACUGCCGGGUUCCCCAUGGAGAACGCGGAGAACCUGCAGGCUAAUGGCACCUCGCUGGAGGGCACCAACGUGGAGAGGGUGCUCCUGCCAGUGCUGGAGGCCCUGAUCACGAUGACAGACUUGGGCCACUCACUGGUGGUGGUGAUCCUGAUGGGGCGGCGGCGGGCAGCGGCGGGGGGGGGGGGCCCACGGCACGGACACGCUCUCCUGGCGCUCAGUGGCGCCGACCUGCUGUUGCUGGCUUGCCUACCGUUCCACACGGCGGCAGCAGCGCUGGGCUGCUGGCCCCUUUGGUUCCUCCUCUGCAAGGCGGUCAGCUUCCUGGGCACAGCCUGCUCCUGCGCCAGCGCCUUCACCCUGGCCGCACUGGCCGUCUCCCGCUACCUGACAGUAGUGCGGCCCACGUCGGCGCUGCGUGCCCACGCCCACCGCCACCUCCGGCUGCUGGCCGCCGCACUCUGGCUCCCUGCCGUCGCCCUAGCUGCCCCGCAGUUUGCCUUCCGCGCCAUGGAUCCAUCCAGCCAGCUGUACUGCUUCGCGUUCCUGUCCGACAUCAGCCAGCUGGUCUACAGUAUCGCCUUCUUCCUGAUGGCCCUUUGCUCUCCCCCUGCUGUCAUCAUCCUCAUGUACUCUCGGAUUUACUGGUUCCUGAGGACGAGGAGGCGCACAGGCCAGGCACCCCAGCUGGAGCGCUACCAGAACCAGGUGACGCGGACCUGGCUGCUGGUGCUCGCCUUCACGCUGUGCUGGCUGCCCUCCUACGUGCUCAUGUACAGCCUGCUUGGCCGGGGUCUGCAGCACAUGCCCCGCCACGGCCCUCUGGCCAGUGGCCGCCUCCUCGCCAUCUCCUCCACCGUAGCCAACCAUCUCUACGUCUUCAUGUCGCACAAGUUCCGCAAGGACCUGUUGCGGGUGGGCCGAGGGGCCUCUUGCAGGGGGGGUCCUUCCCAGGGAUGCUGCUGUCUAGGCUGCUCCGCUGACACGGGGAAACACAACGAUCCCAGUAAACUGUCCCCUCCUUCUGCCUCUGGAAAACGUCCCCCUGAAGCAGGUGUGGAAACGCAGACCUAACGCGCUUCGGACGUCACGGGUCCUGCUGUUCAGGACCAAGAACCAGUUCUGUCUGCAGAGGGCGCGAGUCCGGGGAAAGCAGGGAGCCAUGGGGGGCACGCAGAGGACGGACUAAACCCUGAACAAUCCUGCACGUCGACGAGCACAUGAGUAACAGGAAACCCAAAGCCUUUCCGUAUGUGUGUUAGACUCAUUUCUUGCAGUAUUUAUCUUGCCUUUUUUCGUUCAAUAUAAAAAGAAUUCCUGCUUUUAUCUUGACUGUCCCAUCAAAAGCACUGUUUUGGUUUCCCGGCUGGAGCAGAUAAGAGGUUCAAAGAACCUCUGGGUUCAAAGAAGCAGCAGCUGAGGGUGAUCAGGACCACGCGCCUCUGCACGGCCCAGAUGUCGGCUCACGGAAGGGGGUGCUUCUUUAAGGGGUCGGGGGC